AUGGAAGCUUGGGGAGACGUAUUCUCCCAGCUUGCCAGAACGUGUCGCAUUGCCGUUGACUUGUUGACCGGAAAUCUGAGCUGCUGCGAGGCCACCACGGUCGUCGAAGAAGAGGUCACUGUCAGUUUGAAGAACAGAGAGGACCAGAACGAGGAAGAGACAGCCGAGCGUGCUGCGCUGGGUCCUGAUGCCGUUCUGUGCACGCCAAGAAAGGCAACUGACCCCACCAGGAUGAUGCUAACACCAUCGACUGUGUGCUCGGACAAAGAGGAGGAGGAGGCAGAAGCUGCGAUGUUCAAGAGCCAGGGCGCGCCUGGUCUCAACGACCUCCCUCCGGAGCUCACCAGGAACAUGGCAGGUUUUCUCCACGUUACUGGUUACUUAUCCCUCCGCGCCGUCUCCCGCGACGAAUCUUCGAAGAAGGCACUUGGAGACGACAUCGAUGAAAGAAGGCUGAACUGGGAAGUGCUGAACCCAGAGCAUGGCGCUGCCGUCUACAAGCGGAACUUCAGCCUCGUUGGCAGCAUGUACACCUUGAAGAUGAAGGGGUCCAUCCUGCACGGCUGGCCAGAGUUCGAGCUCAGAAAGGCCUCAGAGACCGUCGAACGACGGACGCUGCCUUUGCUGCGGCAGCGUUUGCUGCAUCGCCGCUGCCGGCUGAAGAUGGUUCAAAGCAGCGCGGGGUGA